GCGGCUUUGAGGAAAAGAGAAAGUAGAGGAGGGAGGAAGGAGGCCAUGGAGGGAGGAGACGAGGCAGAGAUAUACGAGGGGAUGAGGGCUCACUUUCCCCUCUCCUUCGGCAAGCAGGCCAAGCAGCAGGUCUCCCUCGAGGCCGUCCACUCCGCCACCCGCCGCCCCCAGCAGCAGCAGCAGCAGACGACUUCCUCCUCCUUUUCCGGCUCCAAGGGUUGGCUCCACGACCUCCGAAGCUCAAAUUCUCGUGACGCCGAAAAAACUAGCCCUAGUGGCGCCGGAAACUUUAAAUCUAAUGGCGCGGUCGGCCGUUGUCACUCGGAAGAUGCCCGAGAUACGGAGCCUGGCGAGGAGGAGGCUGCGCAGAUCCUUGCCGGGAACGGGCCUGAAGCUGGUGGCGGGGAUGAUGACGACGGGAUGAUGAUCGGACCUCCGAGACCGCCUCCUGCCGCGACGGACUCAGAGGAGAGUGAUUCGGAUGUAGAAGGGGACAACCUGUAUAGGAUUCCCAUGAGUAACGAGAUCGUUUUGAAGGGGCACACUAGGGUUGUUGCAGCACUCGCGGUUGAUCAUACUGGAUCAAGAGUUCUGUCUGGUAGCUACGACUAUAGUGUUCGUAUGUAUGAUUUCCAAGGGAUGAACUCCAGACUGGCAUCGUUUAGGCAGCUGGAGCCAUUUGAAGGUCACCAAGUACGCAGUCUAAGCUGGAGUCCAACAUCAGAUCGGUUUCUCUGUGUAACUGGUUCUGCUCAGGCCAAGAUUUUUGAUCGCGACGGACUUACGCUGGGUGAGUUUGUAAGAGGGGACAUGUAUCUCCGCGACUUGAAGAACACUAAAGGCCAUAUAUCAGGUUUAACUUGUGGAGAGUGGCAUCCCAAAGAAAAACAGACAAUCUUAACAUCUUCUGAGGAUGGAUCUCUACGUAUUUGGGAUGUGACUGACUUUAAAAGUCAAAAGCAGGUUAUCAAACCUAAACUUGCAAGGCCAGGAAGAGUUCCAGUUACUACAUGUGUAUGGGGCCGUGAAGGCAAAUGUAUUACUGGUGGAAUUGGGGAUGGUUCCAUACAGAUAUGGAAUCUUAAGCCUGGUUGGGGGAGUAGGCCAGACAUGCAUGUUGAGAAUGCUCAUGAUGAUGAUAUUACAGGACUUAAAUUCUCUUCAGAUGGACAAAUGCUUCUUUCAAGAAGCAUGGAUGGUACCUUAAAGGUUUGGGAUUUGCGGGAAAGUAAGAAGCCUCUCCAUGUUUUUGAAGAAUUGCCAAAUCAUUAUUCUCAGACGAAUGUUGAAUUCAGUCCUGAUGAGCAGCUAAUUUUCACGGGGACUUCCAUAGAAAAAGAUGGAAAUACUGGAAGCAUGUUAUGCUUUUAUGACACAAAAAGGUUGGAGCUUGUUUCAAAAGUUGGAAUAUCUCCAACGUGCAGUAUUGUGCGUUGUGCAUGGCAUUCAAGGCUUAAUCAGGUUUUUGCCACUGUUGGCGACAAAAAACAAGGUGGGACACAUAUUCUCUAUGAUCCAACCAUUAGCGAAAGGGGAGCCCUAGUUUGUGUUGCACGUGCACCUAGGAAGAAGUCCGUUGAUGACUUUGAAGCCAAGCCUGUCAUACACAAUCCACAUGCUCUACCCUUGUUCCGGGACCAGCCAAGUCGUAAACGGCAGCGCGAGAAGGUAUUGAAGGACCCAAUGAAAUCACAUAAACCAGACCUACCUGUCACUGGUCCAGGUUUUGGUGGGAGAGUUGGUUCAACUAAAGGGAGCUUAUUGACACAAUAUCUUCUCAAGGAAGGAGGACUCAUUAAGGAAACAUGGAUGGAGGAAGAUCCAAGAGAGGCUAUUCUCAGAUAUGCAGAUGUUGCAGCAAAAGAUCCCAAGUUUAUAGCACCAGCAUAUGCUCAAACUCAGCCGGAGCCACUAUUUGCAAAGUCAGAUUCCGAAGAGGAAGAAGAAGGCAAAUAAUGAUGGGAUGGUGUCUUAUGGUGUGCAACAAAAAUAUGACGUCUGAUGAAGAUAAAAUAGAAAAUAUUGUGGACUUCAAUUUCCUUGUCCGAGUAGAUUUAUAGUGGAAAAAGCGACUGUUGGCUCCAGUAAUUCUCCCAAAAGUUUGAUUGACGUGAAGGUGAGGUAAAGUUUGAGUCAUCUUCAAUCGGAAUUUUAAAUAUCAAGAUUCCGAGGCAUGCAAAUGGUGUAUCAAAAUGUCUGCAGAAGGGGUACCUGCUACUUCAAAAUCAUCUUGUACCGUGUAAUCUUCUGGGUAAUUAUGGCACUUGUAAAACCUUUGUUGCAGAGUUCAUCAGUGAGCACUGUUUACUCUAGGGAGCAAUAAGCUUUGUAACUGUAGAUGCUUUUACUGUAAAGUGAACUAAAUUGUUUUUCUUGAUCCAAAUCUAACUUGUGCUGCAUAUGCAAUCGCAGCUUCCUGUACUAAUAGCCAGUUAUCAAGUUCAUGUGCCUAGUUGAAUUUUA